AGGCUUCACCAUCGUCCUGCCGCCGGAUAACGUCGCCUCGCAUGCACUCCUCACCCUCCCGCAGUCUCCCUCGCAUCCCUCGCCAAAAAAAAUCUCAUGUCGCACCUCCAGACCCUCCGCAGCCUGCCCUCUCCGCCGCCGCCGCCAGACGGACGCGCUGCCCGGACAUGACGCCGCUGCCGCCUCAACGCCGCAGAAGACUCCGCCGCCAGCUGCCGGAAACGCCGUACGCCGCGCCGUAUAGAGCUAUCACCUCCAGCGGAUCUGAUUUGCGACGCGUGUGGAGAACCCAAGGUACGUGUCAUUCUUUCUUUCUCCCUCAUCCUCUCCCCCGCUCACGUCGCAGAUGUCGAGAGAGCGGCUGCCGCCGCCGGGUUGGCCUCCGCUGCAUUCUUCUCCAAAUCCUAGGCCAAGAACACCGCCGCGGAGGAGGUGCUUUGCACACGUUCGAGUAGGAAUAGGAGCAUGGUUGCGCCACCGCACCCUCACCAGGCUGCGCGCAUCUAAGUUGUUGGAGGCAACAGAGGCGGCGGCUGGUGGCCACAUAUGUAGCGUCCAUGGCCACAGAUGCGGGGAUUCUUCAUUCUUGCUCCUUUUUUUUGGGGAGGGGGGGCAAUGGCUACUUGUGGUCCACCAUAGUUCAAAAAUUAGUGAUAACACUGAAAUUACUAGAUUAAUUUUUUGUAUCUGCAACUUGCUAGAUUAACUGCAUUGAUUACUCCACAUACACUCUGAAAUUGUUUUUGAAAUAAUUGUUUACAAGAUUGAGAUGUUUCAGCGGUAGAAGCUAGCUAGCAGAUAGAUCCACUGUCCUUAUUUGUGAUUUCAUGUAUACUGCUUUGCAAUUCUCUAACAAUAACAAGGCUCUAAGAAACUUAGAAAAUGCAAGCAGCAAGCUGAUCCAGUUCGCUGGAUUGUCCGCGAGACAGGUGAGCCCAUUCGAUUAAUCCAAUUCGCUGGGAUUUGUGUCGCUUGUUACUCUGUUACUCAAUUAUGGUUAAAUGUUGAGCUAGGAGCACCAGCUAGCUAGCUUUUAUUGUUAAAUGUUGUGCUAGGAGUGCUAGCUAGCUAUCAUGAUAUUGAUGAAUUUCACAGAGGACGGAUGGAGUGGGAGAUAAGAGUUUUAGCAUUAUAUUAUAUUGAGAGGGUCCACGAUAUUUGCUCCUCAUUGCACAAAUGAAAUUUCAGUUCCAACUGUUCACAUGAGCCGAAUCACCUAAAAAAUAAUACUUAUUAUUCAAUGAUCUAUAUAGUAUCAUCUUUAUUACAGGUUAAAAAUCAAGUUUUAUUACUAGCUCAAAAAUUUAUUUUUUUAUAUUUAUGUUACAGAGCUGUCUAGGCAUCCAAUUUUUUUCUUUGAUCAGUAGCCAAGUUAUAUUUAUAUAUUAUGAUCCACGACUUUUCCUUUAGAGGCCUUCUUUUUUCACAUUGUGCUCAUGCACCCUUGGUAUAUAUAGGACUAGAUAGUGACUAGAAACACUGGCGCGGCUUUGCCGCGCCCUCGACGGAGAACCAGCCUAUGGUCAUGGAUGUCCAUGGUGUGGAGAUCAUGUGAAUAGAGUGGAGCAAGAAAUAGUGUAGAUCAAACUCCUAUUAAAGCAUUGCUAAAGGAGCAUAUGCGCUCAAGUUCGUACCACAAAACAGAUAAUCUAGAUAGUAGUAAUACCUUGGCAUACAAGAUAAAAUCUUGGCCUCAAUAGUUUACAAAUGAAAAUUGCAACAGUUUACUUCUAACUUAUGAGAUUUGUCACGUCCUAGUUGGAGCAUGCUACUAGUAGAUCAUUACUUUGGGAUGUAGGAUGCAAAAAACAUUCAAGAAUGUAGAAAAGGCAUUGGGGAAAAUCAAUAGGCAACAUACACAAGGUAGGCCGGGAUACAUGGGUUGUAGCCUUGGAUAUAUAGAAGUAGGUCCUACUUUAGUGAAGUCCAUAUGUAUACAAAUAGAUAGAUAGAUUGUUGAGGAACUCUAUUUAUUAAAGUUUUGAUUAAGCUCCUAACCAACCUAUUGCAUGUGGAAACUACAUAUCGUAGCCAAUCUACUGCAUGUGCUGCAACUACAUUAUAUAUAAAGCUGUAUGUGCCGCUACAACAUAUAGCAAAAGGUCAUUUUAGCAAGGAUACAUUUGAUUUCUAAAAGGUAGGUCGAAACUUAUAUCAUGCCUAGUCAAGUGUAGUUGCUAUGUACACCAAAAAAAUUGUCCAUCUUCAAGCUUUACUCAGCAGCUUUGGACAUUAAAAGAUUUAUCCAUCUUCAAGCUUUACUCAACAGCUUUGGACAUCAACGUACCUAUGAAAAAAUAAAAUAAAAUGAUGGUAGGAUAUAAGUUAGCCCAAUUAUAAGGACACCUAAAGUUUAGGACUCCAAAAUUUUUUUAGAAGGUAUCCAGUUUAUGUGCAAGUCCUAUGAUUUUUAGAAACCUUAAGAGAAAAUUGUAGAGAAAAAGUCAAAGGUGGUUUGGAGUAUACCAGAGGGCACUGCAUUUUGUAAAAUAUUUUAAGCAAGUGAGGACAAUUAAGUUUUUGCAAAACCAAAUUAAUUUAGAGCAGUAGAGGUUGUUGGCAUUAAAGAGUAGUAGGAUCAUAUAUAUACUCCCUCCAUAUAGGAUUUACAAGUCGUUUUGGACAAAGUUUGGGUCAAACAUUAAAAAUGUAAAUCAUCAAUAACUUUUAAAUUGUCGAGUUUGUAAAUGUAAAAUUAUAUGAAUAAAUUUGUCUUGAAGAAUACUUUCAUAAAAAUAUGCAUAUAUUAUUUUUGUAAAUAUCUUUAUAAAAAUAAGAGGUCAAAGUCGUGUUUUGGAGACCGUAAUGUUGUCCUAAACAUCUUCUAAAUUCUAUGCGGAGGAAGUACUUUUUUUGUGACAAAAUGUAGAGGAAGUACUUGAUCUAUCCUAGGACCUCAAGAGCAAGGUGUCCAACUGGAAGAUGGUAGAGUUAUCUAGAAUAUAUUUUUUUUAAAGAGUUAUGGAAUGUGUUUUCUGGAAUAAUAGCAAGGUUAGAAGCUCUUGCAAAGGUGUUACUGCCUGAAAUGUGGCCUGUUCAUGCUAGAAACGUGGCUGUUUUUUCUGCUUGACACGUGGUCAAAUGAGAUGCCAGAUCUCAUGGUGCAGGAUUUGUCAAGUAAAGAUAGGAACAUGAUAUAGAGGCAAUACAACUUAAAUAUGAUGGUAUAGCUUGCUCACCUGCACCUUUACAUCUAGGUUGGCAGUAAACGAUGACAACAUAUGAAUGUCAACUAAACCUGUUCUUUCAUCAGAUCAUAUGAAUGUCAACUCCAAUCGAUGUGUUGUCAAUGGUACAAGAGCUGAAUCUAGGAGGCAGUCAUGGCGCUGCACACAACAAUGGCGUAACUGGCGAUGCAGACAGCAUUGGGGGCACUGAACUCAAUGGUGUUGAUCUCAGCCAUCGUGGCGUUCCCAAUCCCCCCUCUGAACUAAAUGGCGAUGAUUUCAGAUUGCAUCGAGCCCUAGGUAGUGCGUACAGUUGCACGCCGCUGUCGUCGCUUCCAUCCAAAAGCAGUCUCCAUGGCAGACGUUGAAGGCCAAGAAGAUGCCACAACUGUUGAUAUGAGGGCAUCAUCUUCUAUAAUGGAGGCAUCAUGUGUGGUACCAAUCGAAGCCGUCGGCAGUAGUUAUGGCUGUCGUGGAGAAGAUGAAGAUUAUAUAUUACAGGUUGUGUAUUUGUUUAGACGUCUCGCUUGUUCAUCUGUGUUUAGUCAUGGAUAUAUUGUGCAUAUUUUAUAGAAGACUGCAUCAGUUACCGUGGGAGUCGAGAUCAUCAACACCGUCGAUGGCAGUGUUCAUGGCGAUGAUAAUAAGUCUGGAUCAAUGGAGGAUGAAGUACGUGAUGAGGUAAUAAAUACAUUUUGUUUUGUUAUAGUACUUUAAUUGAUAGCGGUAUGUACAGGAGGUGAUUCAUACAGCUCGGCAAAAUUUAAUGAAACCUGAAGUUGGAAUGACUUUUCAAUAAGAGAAAAUGGCUUAUGAUAUGUACAACACAUAUGCCGGUAAGGUUGGGUUUAGUAUUAGAAAGAGCAGGACAAAGCACCGCAAAGAUGGUAGUAUAUGUCACAAACAAAUAGUCUGUAGUAACCAGAGACAUAGAAAAAAUGAGUUAUCACAGAAGGAUGUCACAAGGACGGGCUGUGAUGCUUGCGUUCAGUUUAGUAUCAGCAGGGAGGGGAUUUGGACAGUGCAAAAGGUCGUAGAAGCACACAACCACUAUCUUGCUAGUCCAAAAAAGUCACACAAACUAAGAUCCCAACGACAGAUUGUAGAGGCAGACAUAAAGUUAAUUGGGCAGAUACGUGAAGCCGGAAUGAAGCCAGCCCAAGUAUAUGAAUUCAUGAAAGAGUUUUAUGGAGGGGAAGACAAAAUGCCUAUGUCUAAGAUGGAUUGCAAUAAUGAGAUUGGUCGCGAACGGAGACAGUACUUAGAAGCUAAUGAUGCACAAACACUAUCUGAAUACUUGAGAAAUAAACAGCUACGGGAUCCUACAUUUUUUUAUGCGAUUCAGGUAGACAAAGAGGAUGGGCGUAUUGCAAAUGUUUUUUGGGCAGAUGGUCAGUCCAUCAUGGAUUACAAAUGCUUUGGUGAUGUUGUGUCAUUUGACACGACAUUUCAAACUAAUAAGUUUGAAAUGCCUUUUGCUCCAAUUCUUGGCACCAACCAUCACAAGCAGACAAUAAUUUUUGGAUGUGCGCUUCUAUUUAAUGAAACUAUUGAGUCAUUUGUUUGGCUUUUCGAAACCUUCCUAACAGCAAUGUCAGGAAAGCACCCAAGCACAAUUUUCACUAAUCAAGACGCAGCUAUGGCAGGCGCAAUUGCUUAUGUAUUCCCAAAUACAAGCCACCGUCUUUGUUUGUGGCAUAUUUGCUUAAAUGCUGCUAAACAUCUUAGUCAUGUAAUUCAUGAGUCGGAUAACAAGUUCCUACUAGAUUUCAAGAAUUGUGUUUACGAAGACAGAUCAGAGACAUACUUCAUAGAGAAAUGGCAUGAAUUGUUAGAUAAAUAUAAUCUUGAGAAUAACUCAUGGAUGGCAAACCUAUAUGCUUUGAGGGCAAAGUGGGCUGCUGUAUAUCGUGACUCUUUUACAGCAGACAUGAACUCUACCCAAAGGAGUGAAGGUAUGAAUAAUGUCUUCAAGAAAAGAUUUCGUAGAAAACUCGGUCUUUCUGAACUCCUUGUAGAAUGUGAGAAGGUUGCAGUUAGUCUACGUGCAAAUGAGUUGGAUGCUGAUUUUAAGUCACGUCAAAAGAAUCCAGUUACCUACAUUUCAAAUCUACCUAUGUUGAAUACUGCAGCUGAAUCAUAUACAAGGAGAAUGUAUUCGGAGUUUGAGGAAGAGUUUAAAAAACAAUUUACAUUGUCUUCUGAAUUGUUGGAAGUUGUUGGGACAAACUUGACAUUCUUUGUUAAGUAUAUGCAGUCUAAUCGUGGAGCAACUGUAGUAUUCAACAAAGAUGAUUCCAAUAUUACAUGCUCUUGCCGGAUGUUUGAAUCCAUAGGAAUAUUGUGCAAGCAUGCUCUUAGAGUCUUCAAUAUGAAUGGAGUAUACAAUUUGCCAUCGCAAUAUAUACUGCCUAGAUGGACAAAAUAUGCGAAAACUGGAUUUUAUAUUGAGACACAAGGAACUGAUAAGGAGGAUUUGAAAACACAGGUUGCAGUUAUAUCUCGAGAGGCGACAUCUCUUGCAUUGAAGUGUUUGCCCUCAAAAGAACUUCUUGAUAAAUUGCAAAAAGCCAUACAUAACUUGAGCUUGGAAGCAGAUACUUAUCUAAGUGAGAUGCAUGAAAAAUCCAACGAGGUUCCUGCAACUCCAAAUGAAUGUGCCCGAGAACCAUUAAAUGGUGCCAUAUCAUUUAAAAUUCCUCAGGUAAUAAAAGGUCCAAAGAAUACACGUUUCAAAAAUGUUGUUGAAAAAAAUCCAGGGAAGAAGAAGAAGAAGAAGAAGACUGCUCAGAAGAAAGGUGAAGAUCUAAAUAAUGAUAUACAGAAAAGAAAUGAACAUGCUGAUCCAACGCAGAUGACUGAUUCUAAUGUUGGGCCAUCUUUAGCGGUUCCUCCGUUCAUGCAAGGUGGAUAUGGCAAUUCCACAACGCCAAUCAUGACAGCUCCUUUUAUGCAAGGUGGAUAUGCUAAUUCCACAAUGCCAAUCAUGGCUGCUCCUUCCACAAUGUCACACUUGAAUUCAAUUGCAAAUCCUUCUGGAAUGGCUACUCCUUAUAUACCAGGAGGAUACACAAGUCUACUAUUUGGAGUUGAUCAAGAUGCCACAAUGCAAACUGCUGUUAGGAAGUUACACUUUGAUGGAGUGCCACAUAUUUAGUACAUUUGCUUAUCAUGUACUAUGCGAACUGAAAUAUGUUUUCAGUCUAUUUGUAUUUCUCAAGACAACACUCUGUUUAUGCAAUCAAAUUGUACUCUAUCUAAGAUAUAUAAGUUGUCAGUUUACAUACACAUAUUCUUUGUUCCAAGACAUCAGAGAAAAAAAUCACCUUUUUUCUGCAAA